AUGAACCCCUCUGCUCUUACAAUCCCAAACCCUAAUUCUUACAAUUUCAUGUCUUUCUCCUCAACUCUCCGUCUCUCCUCCUCCCUUCUCCACCGUCUCCCUCUUCCUCCCAGCCGUUCCUUCUCUUUCCUCCUCCGCCAACACUCUCACUCCGACCUCCGCUUCCUCUCCUCCUCCCCCCGCCCCCGCCCUGCCGUGCAAUCUCGUCUCCGUGAUGAAAGUCCCACCGACGAUAGUGAGAAUGGGAGCUUGUUAGUGAAGGACCCGAAUGGGGGUAGUCCUGGCGGUGGAAAUGGGAGGGUUGUUCAAUCGGAGCUUCAUAAAGAAGCUACUGAAGCUUACAUGGCUUAUGCUAUGUCUGUUUUGCUGGGUAGAGCCUUGCCCGAUGUUCGAGAUGGCCUAAAGCCCGUUCAUCGGAGGAUUCUAUUUGCAAUGCAUGAAUUGGGGCUUUCUUCAAAAAAGCCAUUUAAAAAAUGUGCUAGAGUUGUUGGUGAGGUUUUGGGAAAGUUUCAUCCACAUGGAGAUACUGCUGUCUAUGAUGCGCUAGUUCGAAUGGCUCAGGAUUUCUCGUUGAGAUGUCCUCUUAUUCAAGGGCAUGGGAAUUUUGGUUCGGUUGACGCGGAUCCUCCUGCUGCCAUGCGUUAUACAGAGUGCAGGCUGGAUGGACUUACAGAGGCAAUUCUUUUGGCUGAUCUCGAACAAGAUACAGUUGAUUUUGUCCCUAACUUUGACAAUUCCCAAAAGGAACCCUCGCUUCUGCCUACUCGGCUUCCAACUUUAUUGUUGAAUGGUUCUUCUGGAAUUGCGGUUGGCAUGGCAACCAGAAUUCCUCCUCAUAAUCUUGGAGAGGUGGUGGAUGUGUUAUGUGCCCUAAUUCACAAUCCAGAAGCUACUUUGCAAGAGUUGUUAGAAUACAUGCCUGGACCUGACUUUCCAACUGGAGGAAUUAUCAUGGGAAAUCUUGGGAUCUUAGAUGCAUACCGAUCUGGGCAAGGACGUAUCGUAGUCAGAGGAAAAACAGAUGUUGAAUUGCUUGACUCGAAAACAAAGCGAAAUGCUGUUAUCAUAAAAGAGAUUCCUUAUCAAACCAACAAAGCAUCGCUGGUGGAAAAGAUUGCUGAACUUGUGGAGGAUAAGAGUUUGGAUGGCAUUAGUGAUAUCCGUGAUGAAAGUGAUCGUUCUGGCAUGCGAAUAGUGAUUGAGAAGGAUCCUGAAGAUGAUGACCUGGCAACUGUAAUAAGCUCAUCUUUUUUCUCAUUAUGCUAUAUUCAUGUACAAGUAAAUGACCCAGAUGACCAUGAUAUGGAUAUUAACCUUUAUAACUUUCUGCUUUUGCCUGGAGUAGUGGAAAGAUUCUGCUGCAUUCUUGAUGGACACCCUAAACAGAUGGGUCUGAAAGAGUUGCUUCAGGCAUUCUUAGACUUCAGAUGCUCUGUUGUUGAACGGCGUGCCAGGUUCAAGCUUUCUCAAGCACAGGAUAGAAGACAUAUUGUCGAGGGCAUCGUGGUGGGGCUUCAUAAUUUGGAUAGAGUGGUUGACAUAAUUAGGAAAUCUUCAAGCAAUGCAAUUGCAUCUGCUGGUCUAAGGAAUGAGAUGAAUGGGAUAAAGGCUUUUAGAACCCUUAUUUUUGUCCCUCAAGAAAAUGAGAAUGAAGAAUUCAAUCUGUCUGGAAAACAAGCUGAAGCUAUUUUGGACAUAAGCCUAAGAAGGCUUACCCUUCUUGAGGGGAAAAAGUUUGUUGAUGAAAGUAAAACAUUGAUGGAACAAAUAACUAAGCUAGAGGUACUACUGUCAAGCAAGGAAAAUAUAUUGCAGUUAAUUGAACAAGAAGCAGUGGAGCUCAAAAAUAAGUUUUCCAAUCCAAGGCGUUCAAUGUUGGAGGACUCUGAUAGCGGUCAACUUGAAGAUAUAGAUGUUAUUCCAAAUGAAGAAAUGCUCCUGGCACUUAGUGAAAAAGGCUAUCUUAAGCGGAUGAAGCCCAACACAUUUAAUCUUCAAAAUCGUGGAACAAUUGGUAAAUCUGUUGGGAAGCUGAGAGAUAGAGAUGCAAUUGAUAAGGGAAUAGUAUACUCAGCUCCUGCGUAUAAAAUCCCUGAAUGCACCAGAGCUGCUGCUGGCACACCACUGGUCCAGAUCUUAUCUUUAUCUGACGGUGAAAGAAUAACUUCCAUUAUUCCUGUGAGUGAGUUUGCUGAAGAUCAGUUCCUACUGAUGCUUACUGUCAAUGGCUACAUCAAGAAAGUAUCUUUGAACUCUUUCUCAGCCAUACGUUCAACUGGAAUCAUAGCAAUUCAGUUGGUUCCUGGUGAUGAACUAAAAUGGGUCCGCUGUUGCACAAAUGAUGAUCUUGUGGCCAUGGCUUCACAACAUGGAAUGGUCAUCCUGACUUCCUGUGAGAAUAUUCGAGCACUAGGUAGAAACACAAGGGGUGGAGUGGCCAUGAGGCUAAGAGAAGGUGACAAAAUAGCAAGUAUGGAUAUAAAACCAGCUUCCCUGCAGAAAGACUUGGAGAUGGCAUCAAAAGAUUCUGAGAACAACAAGGGCACUGGUCCGUGGUUGUUGUUUGUGACUGAGAAUGGUCAUGGAAAGCGGGUUCCCCUCAGUAGCUUCAAGCAAUCACGUUUGAACAGGGUUGGAUUAAUUGGUUAUAAGUUUUGUUCUAUAGCUGACAUUUACUCUACUCUUGUUUUUAAGUUCUCUGAGGAAGAUCGCUUGGCAGCUGUCUUUGCGGUUGGUUUUUCAUUGACAGAAGAUGGUGAAAGUGAUGAGCAAGUGGUUCUCGUAAGCCAAAGUGGCACUGUCAAUCGAAUUAAAGUUAGGGAUAUUUCUAUACAAUCCCGCUUUGCAAAGGGAGUUAUUUUGAUGCGGUUGGAGCACGCUGGCAAGAUUCAGUCAGCUUCCUUGAUCUCUGCCACAGAUUCUGAGUUAGAGGAAUCAGCACCUGUGCCUGAACUUGUAUCUGAGGCAUCACUCUAA